CGUUCUACAUCGGCCGUUUCAGUGUGAUCGUUUGUUCAAGCCGGAAGAAUUCUUUUCAAGCAUCGAUGUGAAGCCGUUGCGACCUUAGGGGCUUCAGGAAAAGAUUCAUGUUUGUACAUGCGCUGGUCGAACGAAGCUGCGGGACGGAGUUUCGAUGUCGGUGUGGUCUCUUUACCGACAGCCUUCUCUUGACAAGCGUGAAGCACUGCUGAGUACAAAUGUACGUCAAUCUAUUGACCAGCACAUACCAACAGCUUUUUUGGGAAACGCAAAUGACACUUCCAUGGGUCACGAGCUCAGCUUUCCCAGAUUGUUGUAGCAGCACCACGCAACGAGUAUUGCAUCACAGGUCGACUCGGCGCCGAACGGACGCCUGCCUGACGAACGAUGCGAUGCGAUGCCUCGUGCGACGUUCGAGCGACGUCAGAGCGCGGACGGCCCGGUUCUCGUCAAGCUGCGAUAUCGCGAAAAGAGACAGGAUUGCACAAAUGAAGCACUCGAAGAACGAGGCUGAGGACCUUCACUGCUGUGACGGAGCACCUGCGGCGACGGAGUCGCGGAAAGCAACAGACACGCCGCGAACGUCUCGAUCACCUACAAUGAGUCGUGGGAUAACCUUUCGUGUCGUUUGUCAUGACCCACUGCUGUUGAAAUCCACCAGCCAAGGUCAAAGUCGGUUUCUUUCAGCGCAAGGUGGGUGUAGCAUAGCCCGUUCACGCGGCUUGCUCGGUCGAUCGGAAGUUUUCAGUAACGCGCCCAGGACCCAGGCAACUUCUCGGUGAAUGCUCGAACGAGCUGAUAGGACUCUGUAGAGGAGCAAGGACAUCGUGGAGAUCGCUGGUCGACAGCGUAAUCCUAAAAGACGUACGUGCAUCGGUAAAACUGGACGAGGCAGUCCGAUGACUCAUCAGAUACUGGUUUCAGUUGAUGACUAAUAGACCAGCUGAUUUAAUUUGGUAAUCUUGGGAACAGCGCUCGCUUGACUACGCCAAUCUAUAAGGCAAUUAUGGUGAUGAAAUGCCGGGUUCGCGCAUCGCAGCAGCAUCG